AUGGCGAAUAAGAUAAUCCCCAUGGAGGCCGUUGCGAGUCAGCGCAAGCUGGUCGGCGGAUGGCGGCCGCGGAAGGGGAAAUACCUCCUGGCGCUCUGCACCACUGGGAGACUGACCAAUCAGCUGCCUUCCGUCUACCCUUUUCCCUCCCUUUCUCCUCCCGCGUCCGCAGAGCAGCAGGAGUGCAUAAUGACUUACUUCAUCUUCGCAGUCCUCUUGAACCGCACGCUGCUAAUCCCCCCUCUCGCCGUCGCCCAACACACCGGCCUCAACCUAAUCUGGCCCUGGACCGCCGUCUUUAAUGUCCCCAGACUGCAUACCUGCCUCUCGCCCUCUUACGGCCCCCUCACCACGCUCCUACUACCGGACUACCUCGCCCGCUCCCACUCCCCCCAUGCUUACGUGGCACACCUUAUCUGCCUCAAGCCCACGUGUAAUCAUGAGUGGACGCUGCGAGUGUUGCUGCGGGAGGUGCCUGAGAUCAAGCUAGCGGACAAGAAAGGCCGCCCGAUAGCUGUGAAUCAGAGCUUGGUGGAUAGGAUGGGGAAGGUUCAGCUGGAGAAGCUUCUAGAAGCUGUAAAGGUGGUGGAGGGGGAGGAGGAGAGGGCGGAGGCGGAGGAGGGAGGAAGAGCGGUGGAGGGGGAGAGUCACGCUGACUCUUCAGGGGGAGAGCAAGUUAAGGAGCAAAUAGGAGGGAGUGGAGCAGUAGGAAAAGGGGCAGCAGCAGCAGGAGGAGGAAGUCGUGGAGAGGAAGCAUCAAUGCGGAGACGAUUGAAUGAAGUGGGCAGUGGAGCAGAGGAGACAGCUAUUAUGGAGUUCGUGGAUGGCUUCAUUGCAACGCACCUGCCAUCUCCCUUCAUGGCUGUGCAUCUCAGGCGGGGUGAUUUCUCCGGCCAUCUAAAGAAUCAGAGCUACAAGCGGCACGUGUUCCUGCCCAUAGCAGCGGUGGGAGAUUUCAUUCUCUCCCGCGUCGCUGCUGCCAACCUGCACACGGUACUGCUCGCCUCUGAUGGCACUGACGCAGAGGUCGCCAUGUUGACACAACUGAUCACAGCCAACAACUCCACGAGGCUUGUCACACUACACGAGAGCCGCUUCACAUGGGCCGACACACACAAUGAGCCCUGGGGACAGGCGCUAUUAGCUCUGGAGCAGAGCCUGCCCGAGGGGGGAGGCAAGGGGGUGGUGCGGGCGCUAGCAGAGAAGUACAUCUGUGCGCGGGCUCACGUGUUCUAUGGCACGGUUUACUCCACGUUCUCCACGGAUAUUAUCAGGAUUCGGGCGGCGGAAGGGGUGGCAAACUGCAUGGAUGGGAAGGUGGGGGAGGAGGGGUAG